AAGAGACAAAAUGUGCAGUCUACAUGUACGUGAUUCUCUGUCAGGUAUUCUGGACUUUAUCUCUCCAGUUUUUCAGCAUACCAAGGAAAGACUUCCAUCAGCACCGUUGGCAUGUCCACCUCUGCAUACAGGUUGAGUCUGGCCAACAUGUCCCGCUCCAACACCGGUACAGGAACUGUCUGGGAGCAAGAGAGCCAACCCUCACGCCAGCCUUCACAGGACACACUCAGUCGGUGUACCGAUGAGGAAGAGGAGGAAAAUGACUCCAUUAGCAUCCCCAGCGUGGUAAGUGAGCACGAUGCUUUCCUCCCCAGACUCAUUUCGCAGCGGCGUUUCUCCAGUCACACCUCUGUGUCGGCUGCUGCUCAGCCUGAACCAGGCAUUAGCACCAUGCUGCCCAGUCACAGGUAAACAAACAGCCCUCUUAAAAACUUGAGCUCAUUCAGACAGAAAACUGUCUAUAACAGUCUUAUUUAUCCAAUCUUACCAUAUCUUUCCCUUUUAAGGGGUCAUCAGGUGCCCAUUUUCCACAAGUUGGUAUGAUUCUUCAGGGUCUUGAUGGAAAAGGCUGGAACAUAGUUUGGUUAAAAUUUCUCAGUGGUAGUGUAAAGAACAUCUUUUCACCCUGUCAAAAACAGCUCUUUUCAGAGCAAGCCGUUUUGUAGGAUUUUCCUUUAAAUAUUAAUGAGCUCUGCUGACCCUGCCCCUCUCUUCAAAAGCCACUCUCAGAGAGACUGUUUACUUUAGCCGCAUUAGAUGCAUUUAGGUAGAUCGGGGGUGCGUUUCCUUCAGAAACAAAUGUAAUCCACUGCAUCUUUAGCGGAUCAUCCAAGAACAAAUCACCACAAUCGCUUAGGAGUCAUCCUUG